UUUAUAAAGACACCAAAAUUAUCAGAAAUCUGCACAGUUUAGUUCCUUCUUCUCUCCUUCUCUCCUCCGCUCUCUCUCUCAUUUAAAUGUCCGCUCUUCCCCUUGGAUAACGUAAUAAACUAGGGUUUAUUAGCCAUCUUUUCAUUCUUAUUGAGACAGAGGGGUUUCAGAGAGAGAAAAUGAGGGAGACGGGUUUGGAUCUAUUCGAUCCAAGAACGGUGAUGGAGUCGGACUAUUCACCUAAAGAUGGCGGUGACGGCGACUUUGGGUUCGCUUUUAACGAUAGCAACUUCUCGGACAGGGUUCUUCGGAUCGAGAUCAUGGCCGAGUCGCUGGAUACCCAAUCCGACGGUGAGGGUUGUCAUAGUCUCGCAGAUUGGGCAAGUAAUCGUAAGCGGAGGAGAGAAGAUAUCAAGAAGGGAAAUGCUGUGGAUAUUUCUGCAUGCCCCGAGGAGCAGAUUUUGAAUUGUAAUCAGCCUGAUGCUGAUGACGGUGUGGGCUAUGAAAAUCAAGAUGAGGAAGCCGUUGCAAUGAUUGAAGAAUCACCUUCAGGAGAUGAAGCUGCAAAUAGCAAUGACUCAAACUGGAGCAUGGAUUGUUCUACAGUUUUGAGAGUUAAAACUUUACACAUUAGCUCUCCGAUUUUGGCAGCGAAAAGUCCAUUUUUCUAUAAGCUCUUCUCAAAUGGGAUGAAGGAAUCAGAGCAGCGACAUGUAACCCUACGUAUUAAUGCCUCAGAGGAAGCUGCCUUCAUGGAGCUCUUAAAUUUUAUGUAUAGCAAUACCUUAGCUACAACUACCGCUCCUGCUUUGCUGGAUGUGCUGAUGGCUGCUGACAAAUUUGAGGUUGCUUCAUGCAUGAGGUAUUGCAGCCGACUCUUGCGGAAUUUGCCCAUGACACCUGAGUCUGCGUUGCUAUAUCUGGAGCUUCCUUCCGGUGUUUUAAUGGCUGAAGCAGUUCAGCCAUUGACUGACGCAGCAAAGCAGUUUCUCGCUGCCCGUUACAAAGAUAUAACCAAGUUCCAAGAUGAGGUUAUGAGCUUGCCCCUUGCUGGAAUUGAGGCAAUUUUGUCCAGUGAUGAUCUGCAGGUGGCAUCAGAGGACGCGGUUUAUGACUUUGUACUGAAGUGGGCCAGGGGCCAGUACUCAAAACUGGAGGAGCGGCGAGAAAUAUUGGGUUCCCGCCUUGCUCGAUUCAUCCGCUUCCCUUAUAUGACCUGUCGAAAGCUUAAGAAGGUUUUAAUCUGCAAUGACUUUGAACAUGAGCUCACAUCCAAGGUUGUGUUGGAGGCCCUCUUUUUCAAAGCGGAGGCACCACACCGACAGCGUGCCCUGGCUGCAGAGGAGUCUGCCAGUACAAAUCGGCGCUUUGUGGAACGUGCGUACAAAUAUCGGCCUGUUAAGGUGGUUGAGUUUGAGCUUCCACGGCAGCAGUGUGUGGUCUAUCUGGAUCUGAAGCGGGAGGAGUGCGCAAAUUUGUUCCCAUCGGGACGGGUGUAUUCUCAAGCAUUCCACUUGGGUGGACAAGGAUUCUUCCUGUCAGCUCAUUGUAACAUGGACCAGCAGAGUUCUUUCCAUUGUUUUGGGCUUUUUCUAGGUAUGCAGGAAAAGGGAUCAGUAACUUUUGCAGUUGAUUACGAGUUUGCAGCAAGGUCAAAACCUACAGAGGACUACAGUAGCAAAUACAAGGGUAACUACACUUUCACUGGUGGAAAGGCAGUAGGUUACCGAAACUUAUUUGCGAUACCAUGGACUUCAUUCAUGGCCGAGGAUAGUCUUUACUUCAUCAACGGUGUCCUCCAUCUGAGAGCCGAGCUUACCAUUAGGCACUGACUCCUCUCUUUCUAUCCAUGGAAAUUUAUUUUGCUUUUGAGGUAUCCCUAACCUUAUUUUCCUUGGCUUGAAACAAGUAGAGCAAUUAAUGUUCAGGAUCUAGGGUUAUUUUUCUCUGGGUCAUAUGUUGAAAUAUUAUCCAUUUGCUUUUGUUUCAUGGGCCAAACUUUGCUCUGAAUUAUAUAGGUGGGAUCCUGGAAUCAGGAGUAAUCUGUUGUUUGAACCCGCGGUUCAGUGUAAUAUGCAAUUUGAGAAAUGCAAAGAUUAUUGUCAAUAUUAUACUUUGAUGUAUUAAUUGUGAUUCAUUUUUGUUUGC